AUGGCGGCGAGGAAACUGCAGACAGAGAUCGACAAGACUCUCAAAAAGGUCACCGAGGGAGUCGAGAUCUUUGAGGGCAUCUAUGACAAGAUGCAGAUGGCCAACAACGUCGCGCAGAAGGAGAAAUUGGAAGCGGAUCUCAAGACUCAGAUCAAGAAGCUCCAACGGCUGAGGGACCAGAUCAAAACCUGGCUGUCGAGCAACGACAUCAAGGACAAGAAGCCUCUCACCGAUACUCGAAAGCUCAUAGAGACGCAAAUGGAGCGCUUCAAAGCGUGCGAGAAAGAGAUGAAGACAAAGGCCUACUCCAAAGAAGGCCUCAAUGCUGCCACAAAGCUAGAUCCGAAGGAAGCGGCGAAGAUGGAGACGGCCAGCUGGAUAUCCAAUAUGGUCGACGAGCUAGGGCGGCAGGUUGAGGUGUCAGAAGCGGAGGCCGAGUCAUUAGCUGGCGGACUGAAGAAGAAGAAAGACACACGGACGGCCGAACGAGUGGCGGAACUUGAACAUCUCAACGAUCGGAGGAACUGGCACGUCUCGAGGCUGGAACUCAUACUGCGCCUGCUCGAAAAUGGCAAUAUGGAGCCCGACAAGGUCAACUCGGUCAAAGAAGACAUCUCUUACUUUGUGGAGAGCAAUACGGAGGAAGACUUCGAAGAGGACGAAGGCAUCUACGACGAUCUAGAUCUGAACGACCAAGAAGAAGCGUUCGGCAUCGUCAACGAUGACAACUUUUCCUCACACGACACCGGUUCUCUUGUCGAUGCCUCUGAGUCAUCCGCGCGGACACCGGGCAAAGAUGUAAAGACAUCUCGUGCAUCUGUAGAGCCGGUGGCAGAGGAUGGCAGCAAGAGCCCGAUAGCAUCCAAAGCGAAGCCAGGCGUGCCCGUCAGGAAAGCGACGCUAGAGGGUGCCACUCGUCCAGCGAUAGCGACAGGUUCUGCCAAAGUGUCCUCCUCCUCCUCCGCGCCUUCUGCGCCCGCGCAACGAGCUGCGCCUGCUGCACUACCGCCGAUACGAUAUUCCGCCGCUGCAGCAGGAGCAGUCGUACCGCCCGCCGCACCUACACCGACGACACCAAAUGCGCCGGUGAAUGCAGUCAGCGUACCACCGGCCACACCUGCAGCACCGCCGAAAUCGGAGCCGCCGGUCACGGCGCCAGUAGCAGUCGAGCCACCAAAGCCCAUAGCGAUACGAGAAGCUGCCCCCUCACCGCCCGCAUUACCCGUCGCGAGUCCGAUAAAGUCGUCCGCCCCUCAGACACAAUCGAUCGCUGCCAGCGUACCGCUUGCCUCACCACCACAACAGAAGAGUAUAGCUCUGCCCACACCGCCGCCAGGUCUCGAUCAGAGCGCGCCGGCGCCAGAACCAGAGCGAUCACCUUCACCUCGAGAAGCGACGAGCGCGCCGCCUGCGAGUGCGAUGCUGCGCCCGCCGAGCGUACAAGCGAUAAGUCAGCCACCUGCAUCGACGCCCAACCCAUCCGAGCAGCGACUACCCAGUAGCCUGGUAGACCUCGUCAAUACGUUCGACAGCGCGAAGCAGAAAUCACAACGAAGGGACAACGAUCCCUCUCAGAUGCAGCAAAUCCUCGAUGCGGGCUACUCCAAUGUGCCACAGCCGCAAGACUCGGAGAGGCCGCAGUACUAUGUGCCGAAGAACCCAUACCCGACGCCCGCAUACUACCCUCAGACGCCUGCACGAUUUGACAAUCCGGCCUUCUUCGCUCGUCUGGACACAGAGACGCUCUUCUACGUGUUUUACUAUCAUCCGGGCACUUACAUGCAGUAUCUCGCUGGCGAGGCACUCAAGAACCAGUCUUGGCGGUUCCACAAGCAAUACCUAACUUGGUUCCAGCGGGCGAACGAGCCGACCGUCGUCACUGACGACUAUGAGUCUGGCGCAUAUUUCUACUUUGACUGGGAGAAGCUGUGGGAACAGAGGUCCAAAUCAGGCUUCAUGUUUCACUAUCAGUAUCUAGUCGAAUAA